AUGACGUCACCAUUCCUAGAUCGUGUGAACCAACAUGACAAGUGGUAUAAAGCUGAUGACUGUGUAUUUUGUGAUAUAAUAGCUGGGAAUACAGGGGCCUACGUUGUUGCAGAGACAGAUAUGUACAUGGCCUUCCUAGAUAUCCUGCCUAUUCGAGCUGGUCAUACUCUUGUCAUACCCAAAGCACAUGUCUCACACAUAUCAGAUAUGAGCGAAGAGCAAUCAGCUGCUUUGAUGCAUGGCAUUGUACGUGUCACGCGUGCUAUGAAGAAAGCUUUUGAUGCCACAGGUUUGCAAGUGGCUGCGAACCAAGAAUACGCCCAAGUUGUGAACCAUGUCCAUUUUCACAUCGUGCCAGCCAUCUCGGAUUCAACCUCCAUCCUUUCAAAAUGGAACAAGCCACCCAAAGUCAGUAUACCUGGUCGUCGAGAUGAGUUGGACGAACAAGAAGCAGUUGAACUCCAGGCACGACUCCAGCGUCACAUGCACGGUCCUAAACUAUAG